GGAGACUAGGACACAGGCAGAAAGAGAGUGGGACCCACGGUUGGGGCCGCAGCUGGGCGCUUGGUGGGGCAGAUGUGGGGGCCGAUACAUGAACAAGGAGUGUGCGGGUGUCGAGAUCUCCCCUGAACGAGUCGUCUAUGCGGACAAUGACAUCGAAAGGAGGAACCAGUGCAGCGUACUCGCGGAAGAGUUAUCGACUGCCCACUGACAAUGAAAAGUCGAAGGUCACGGGAUUUGUGAAUGACAGAUUCCUCAGCAACUACCUCCACCACGUAUUCCCUUCCUCUGAGAAUACUCAGUUGUCUGCUACAUCCAGAAAGCCAUUGAACUUUCAGAAUCUGAAUGAACAUUUGGAUCGACUACUGACUGAAGGACUGGACACUCAGGCAGACAAGGAUCAAAAUGUAGAUGGGCGUCUUGGCCCAGACACAGUGGUCCUGGAUCACACCAGUGGGUUUGAGGGAUUGCUGCUUGUGGAUGAUGAUUUACUCGGGGUUGUUGGCCACAGUAAUUUUAGCUCAAUCAGAGCCACCUCGUGUGUGUACAAAGGCAAGUGGAUGUAUGAAGUCUUGAUCUCCUCUCAGGGGCUUAUGCAGAUCGGUUGGUGUACCUUGAACUGCAAGUUCAAUCAGGAGGAGGGGGUCGGUGACACUUCAGAUUCUUACGCAUAUGAUGGAAAUAGAGUUCGCAAGUGGAACGUUACUACCACUAAUUAUGGGAAAGCUUGGGCAGCUGGAGAUAUUGUGACUUGUGUGAUAGACCUGGACGAAGGGAAGAUUGGCUUUUGCCUAAAUGGAAUAUCGUUGGGAACUGCGUUUGAAGACAUAAGAUCAGGCCCUGGUGUAGCCUACUUCCCAGCAAUCAGCUUAUCCUUCAAAGAGUCAGUGGCUUUCAACUUUGGCAGCCGGCCUAUUCGAUACCCAAUGGAAGGCUAUCGCCCCAUGCAGGACCCACCAGAGGCAGAUCUUGUGAAGGCACACAAGCUCUUGGGGUACCUGAAGAAUGUGUUCACAAUCGGCUUAGACAUCCAAGAAGGAAAGCUGAUGGAGAAGGACCCUGCAUCGUGGCAAGCUGAGGGAGAACCGACUGUGCUUGUUACUCUUGCACACAUCUUUAACUACUUCGCACCCCUAAUGUGCAAAGUUUACCUUGUGGAAGAAGUGCUGAUGUCCUAUUUUCUGACUAUGCUGGAGAGAGGUGGGUCAAUAGAUGAGCACCCAUUGAUCCAACGCUUGCUGGACCUGAUGUGGCUUCUUAUGGAGGACUAUGAAGUACAGGAGUGUUUGAAACAGCUGAUGAUGUCACUACUUCGUGCCUACAGGUUUUCUCCAAUUAUUCCUGACCUAGGGCUGCAGAUUCACUACUUGCGCCUUACCAUAGCUAUUCUGAAGCACGAGAAAACCAGGAAAUAUUUGCUCAGCAAUGUCUUAUUUGAUGUGCUUCGAUCAGUUGUGUUUUUUUAUAUUAAAACCCCUCUUCGAGUGGAAGAAGCAGGAUUAGAGGAGCUCAUUCCUACUACCUGGUGGCCAACCAGAUUUGAUAAAGAGGGCAAGGAGAUAAAGGAAGAAAGUGCUGAGGAGCGAUUGAGACGACGAGCUUAUGAGCGUGGUUGUCAGCGAUUGAAGAAGCGGAUUGAAGUUGUGGAAGAACUGCAGAUUCAAAUACUGAAAUUACUUCUCAACAACAGAGACAGGGGAGUGGGGGAAGCAUCCAGAUACAUUUUCCUGAAUAAAUUCAGAAAAUUUUUACAGGAGAAUGCCAGCAAUCGAGGAAAUCCAACAAUUCUUUGCCCUCCUGAAUAUAUGGUUUGUUUCUUGCACCGACUAAUUGCUGCUUUGCGAAGUUACUGGGAUGAGUACAGAUUGAGAAAUUCAUCAGCGAUCCCCAGUGAAGAUGCAUACGUCCCCCCUCAGCUCUUCUUCAAUGGGAAGGUGGAUUACUUUGACCAACAGAGACUUGGUGGUCUUCUUUCUCAUUUAAAGAAAACUCUAAAAGAUGAUCUUGCAUCAAAGGCCAACAUUAUCAUUGAUCCUGCAGAAAUCUCUGCCAUCUCAAUGGAUGACUUGGAUGAGGAUGAUGAGAGCUUAACUCAACAGAGGUUGGGUGGUGCUACCGCUGGAGGUGGAGCUCUUGCCAGACCAAGCUGGUUGAGUUCUCCGACAUUAGGCCGAGCCAAUAGGUUCCUAAGUACAGCAGCAGUGAGUCUGAUGAAUCCCCGCCGAUCCCUGGCUACUGUGGAAAAAGUGAAGGUUCGUACUCUGAGUGUGGAGCAGAGGACAGAGGAAGACAUUGAAGGAACACACGGAAGUGAUGGCUUAUUGUUAGGGCGCCCUCCUGAUGAACCAGAGCAGCCAAUCACAGAGAAAUCUCUGCUGGAAAUCCUAGAUGGAGCUAUCAUGAUGUACAACCUCAGCGUGCACCAGCAGCUUGGCAAGAUGGUGGGUGUGUCAGAUGAUGUCCAUGAAUAUGCAGUGGCUUUGAAAGACACUGAAGAUAAAAUUGCACGCUGCCCUGCAAAGAGGAAGGAUAUUCUGGAUGAAUUAACAAAGAGUCAGAAGGUUUUCUCUGAGAAGCUGAAUCACCUGAGCCGCCGGCUAGCUUGGAUAAAUGCCACGAUCUACUCCAAGGAGAAGAUGUUGGACAUCUACUGGCUGCUGCAGGUGUGCAUAAGAGUAAUUGAACACAGCGACCGGACUAAGACACUAUUUGCAUUCAUGCCAGAGUUCUACAUGAAUGUUGCCAUGAACAGCUACAGUGCUCUGAAAAAUUACUUCAGUCCAGUCAAUAGCAUGGAUGAGCUGCCUGGGUAUCAGGAGACACUGAGCCGAUUAGCUGCAAUCCUCGCCAAGCACUUUGCUGACUCUCGAAUCAUUGGAACAGAUAUUAAGGAUUCUCUGAUGCAGGCUCUUGCCAGCUACGUCUGCUAUCCACACUCUCUGCGAGCUGUCGAGCGCAUCCCAGAGGAGCAACGUAUAGCCAUGAUGAAGAAUCUCUUAGCUCCUUAUGAACAGCGACCAUGGGCACAGACCAACUGGAUCCUUGUGCGACUCUGGAGGGGAUGUGGAUUUGGAUACAGAUACACACGACUUCCUCACUUGUUGAAAAGCAAACCAGAAGAUGCCAACAUGCCAAGCCUGCAGAAGCCUUGUCCUUCUAGUCUGCUACAACAACACAUGGCGGACCUCCUGCGAUCUGACUGUGAAAUGGCAGCCAGUUUUCUCAACAGUGUGCUCAACCAGCUGAACUGGGCCUUCUCUGAGUUCAUAGGCAUGAUCCAGGAGAUACAACAGGCUGCUGAGCGACCAGAACGGAACUUUGUCGACAGUCGCCAGCUGAAAGUUUGUGCUACCUGCUUUGACCUUUCCGUAAGCCUGCUGAGAGUUCUGGAAAUGACCGUCACUCUUGUCCCCGAAAUCUUUCUGAACUGGACCAGACAGUCUGCAGAACUGCUGUUGAGACGUCUUGCACAGUUGAUAAACCAAGUAUUGAACCGAGUGACAGCAGAGAAGAAUCUCUUUGACCGCGUGGUUAAUCUGCGUUUGCCUGGUUUGGAAAGUGUGGACCAUUAUCCAAUAUUGGUAGCUGUGACAGGAAUUCUUGUCCGCAUCCUAGUUGACUCUGAUGCUCAGGGGGUCCAACGAGGAACAGCUGUGCUCCUGGCUGACCCUUGCUUUCAGUUGCGAUCAAUACAGUACCUCCUCGGAGAAAAUGAGCUCUCCUCUCUGGGAGCAACACCGACUGUGAAGAAACACUUCUCACUCCAAGCAUACCCUGAUUAUAUCAGCCUGGAAGAGCAAAUGAAGGUUGAAAAUUUACUCUCUCAUCUGACGCGUGAGUCCAAGCAGGCUGCCGCCACUGCGCUGCCCACCAGCGAGGAAGAUCUCUGCCCCAUCUGUUACGCACAUCCAAUCUCUGCCAUCUUCAUGCCAUGUUCUCACAAAUCUUGCAAGGCCUGCAUCAACCAGCACCUGAUGAACAACAAGGACUGCUUUUUCUGCAAGGCCACCAUCACUGCCGUGGAUGACUACACAAAACCAUCCUCCUCCUAGUUGUCACUGAUCCACCAACCUUGCAAUUUCCCUGCUUCCAAAGAUAGGGUAAAGGAAAAGAUACUCUUCAGGACAUUAGCAACUGUGUAACAUGCAGAGAUUGGAAUGUUCAAUAUCCAAUGUUUACAAAAGGGAAUGAUCCUUGGUGCUUCAUCAAGCAAUGAUGCACUUGUUAGAUUGCUAUUUAAUUUCAUAUAUUGAUUCCUAGACUGAGGUAAACACGUUCUGAAGGGCAAUUUACAGAUUGAAUUUCGCCCUGUCCCUGACACACUAAUCUUGUGUCUUGGCUGUGAUUCCCUUCUUGGGUCCUAAAGCCUACGUUUAUUAACUUAUGAGCUGCGAACUGACAUCAAGUGAGGUUUAAAAUCUGUUUGCAGAAAUGGGAAAGAAAGCGUAUAUCUGUGUAACUCCAGCUGUUUGCACUAGAGUCUGGCAGGAGCUUGGAGCGACCCAUGAGAAGAUACCUACUUGUCUUCAGCAGGUGGUUUUAGGCUCCUGUGGAAAUUGUUCAAAGCUACCUGGAUCCCUUUUUGCCAUACAUUGAGACUUUUAGUGGGAACGUUUUAAUCAACAGCAGAACUCGAACAGUGCCAGAUUGUCUGAUACCCUACACCUUGACAUGACUUUUAUAAACCAACCUAUGUCAAAAUGAUGGGAGCGUUUUCUACUAAUCCACAGGCCCUGCCAAUGUCCUAAAGCUUUUCUAAAGACUCCUACUUGGAAACAGUGUUUUUGUGCACUUACUGUCUGAUUGCCUGGUUUCAUUGAACAUUUCCCCGUUGAACUGAUGUCCCUUGAUGUCUAGUAACUAGUGCAGCCACUGACAAUGAAGAAUAGAGUGAUUCCAGUUUAUCAUGGUGAGAAUAACAACUCGUUGUACUUCACCCAUACCCGAAUUCCCCCCACAUCAGGUUCAUGUCCUGUGCCUCACAAUCUGACCCAGCAGCUCCAGGCGUCAGGAGUGUUUCUUACCAAUUAUCUAAUCUUAAAUUUUAAGUCUAAGAUACUUUCCCAACUCUUAAUUCAUUAAUUGGUACUAUCAUUGUAUAACAAUCAAAUCAAGAUCAUAUCUGCCCAUACCUGGUUUAAUACUGGAAGACAUACUACUCAGUAUCCUGUGUGCCACAGCCAGCCUGAUGCUGGAGAAGGCAGAAUUAGGGUUCAUUGUCCAUAGUUAAACACCGGCCCUUUGUGAAUCUGACUCCCACGUUCACAUCCUGACCAAUAUUGUGAGACAGUUCUUCUGUGACAUUGGAUUACAUGAGUCUAUACCCAGGCAUGCCAGAUAAUGUGCAGAGCAAGUCCAUGUGAGCUUUGAUGCUAUGACACCUGCUUGGCGUGAAUCUGUUGUCGUAUCAGGAUGCUGGGUGUGAACUUGCUCAUGCCUGGACUGGUACUAGCACUGGCUCUGUCUAACAUGUAAAUCACGGUACUAAUAUAUUCACCUGUCGCGUGCUGAAUAUUGCCAAAACCAUACUGUCCACCUGGUAAUAUGAGCCAGUAUCCCAUGAGUCUGUACCUCAAAUGAAACAUGAAUCAGCCAACAUGUCCAUGCCAGGCAGAAUCGCAUGUCUCUAUCUGUAAUGACACUGCAUAAUGCAUGAGUUAGUGCCUUUGUGUCCUCAAUUUCCUAUACUACUUUCAAAAUCUGUUAUUGUGUUGGUCAUUGACACUAUAAACCACACUACAAAACAAUAUCAUCAGUCGUGAGACGAUCCACUUUCUGACAAUUUAAUGUCACUUGUGAGUUGUCAUGGCACUACUGGUUCAAAGAUCUACUAUAUGACUUGCACUAAAAUGGUGCUUGAUGCAGGAGUCCAGAGUUUGUGAGGUGGCCAUCAGACUUAACCAGUGAGAAGUAACAAAUUACCAAAGUUUAAAGAGGGCAUGGGAAAAGUAGACAGAGAGAAUCAGCAUCCGGUUCUCAAGGAACUGGCUAACUUGUCCCUUUCUCUGCUUACAGCUCUGGGUGAGAGGUGUUUUCAUUUGAAAGCUGAUCUUGCAUUUCAAUUUUUUUUUUCUCUCUUCACUAAUUAAACUCAGUACCUGAGUACUGUUCAUUCUUGGUGAUCAGUGCACAACAUGCAUUUUGCCAAAAACUAUCACCUGCCAGUGCACCAGCAUAUGUGCAUUGCAACUAGUGCUGCUGGGCUCGUGUAAAGCUGGAACUUAGUGACCUGGUUAGUGCCAUCAUCAUCUUCUUACAACCGCACCAGUUCUGGUUGUUGAGUACUAACCUCUGCUGCCUGAGUUACUGUUCAACCCUUGGCUGCUAUAAAGAAUGUGUGAAGAUGCUGGUUUUUCACUAUCUGAUCUUGUAACUUAACACAUAUUAAAAACUGAAGAUUUAGCAUUUAUAAAUUAAUAUUGUAACUUGCUCUCUGGCCCUGAUAUAUCAUUAUAGUCCCUGCCAAGGAGGUUCGGAACUACAGGUUUAUAUUUGCAAAAUGUAUUUCACAAUUAUUAUAAGUGACUGGUCUAAUCAGUUGGUAGAGCAACCUGUUCCCUGACCCUGUUCCCUAUGUUAAAGGUGAGGGGUUAGCAGCAGUGGAGAACCUUUGUCUAUCCACUGGGAAGCUGCAUGCAGUGACAGCUGCCAAUUUCUGCUUUUAGUUCUUUGGAAUUCCCUUUUGUUGGGGAUAAUGGAGUGUGUGUGAGAAACUGUUGCUUGUGUUAUUGAAUUUGAUGGACUGUUCUUACAUGCGAGUUUACUUGCAGACAUGAACAAUAAAAAUGAGUUACCCAUCACAUCCGAGGGCUGUUUCAUGAAACUCUUCUACAUCUCAUCCAGUACCCUGACUAGCAACACCACCUCCAACUCAGCACUUAAUAAAUACCACCGAAAGUCCCAAAUUAAAAUGUAAACUGGCAUUCAGAGCAUUUAAACACAAGAGACAGCUGCUACCUCUCUAUCUACAUAGUUCCCAGAUGUCACAUGCUAAAAUUCAGGACAGGACUUCAUCUCCAACCAACCCCUAGACCCAGUAAGUGCCACCAUUAAAUCUUGCUCUGGUCACAGCUUUGAGGUCUCCAAAGUUAGAAAUAUACAGCACAAUACAGGCCCUUCAGCCCACAAAGCUGUGCCUAACAUGUCCUUACCUUAGAACUACCUAGGCUUACCCAUAGCCAUCUAUUUUUCUAAACUCCAUGUACCUAUCCAGGAGUCUCUUAAAAGGCCCUAUCGUAUCUGCCUCCACCACCGCCGCCGGCAGCCCAUUCCACGCACUCACCACUCUCUGCGUAAAAAAAUCUUAUCCCUGACAUCUACUCUGCACCUACUGCCAAGCACCUUAAAAUUAUGCCCUCUCAUGCUAGCCAUUUCAGCCCUGGGAAAAAGCCUCUGACUUUCCACACGAUCAAUGCCUCUCAUUAUCUUGUACACCUCUAUCAGGUCACCUCUCACCCUCCGUCACUCCAAGGAGAAAAGGCCAAGUUCACUCAACUUGAAGUCUAUGGAAUUAAGGGAAACAAGUACUGAGAUCAUGGAAACUGUACAGAUUGAAAAGGAGGAGGUCCUUGCUAUCUUGAGGAAAAUUAAAGUGGAUAAAUCCCCGGGACCUGACAGGGUGUUCCCUCGGACCUUGAAGGAGACUAGUGUUGAAAUUGCAGGGGCCCUGGUGGAAAUAUUUAAAAUGUCGCUGUCUACAGGUGAGGUGCCGGAGGAUUGGAGAGUGGCUCAUGUUGUUCCGUUGUUUAAAAAAGGAUCGAAAAGUAAUCCGGGAAAUUAUAGGCCGGUAAGUUUAACGUUGGUAGUAGGUAAGUUAUUGGAGGGAGUACUAGGAGACAGAAUCUACAAGCAUUUGGAUAGGCAGGGACUUAUUAGGGAGAGUCAACAUGGCUUUGUGCGUGGUAGGUCAUGUUUGACCAAUCUAUUGGAGUUUCUCAAGGUGGUUACCAGGAAAAUGGAUGAAAGGAAGGCAGUGGAUAUUGUCUACAUGGACUUCAGUAAGGCCUUUGACAAGGUCCCACAUGGGAGGUUAGUUAGGAAAAUUCAGUCGCUAGGUAUACAUGGAGAGGUGGUAAAUUGGAUUAGACAUUGGCUCAAUGGAAGAAGCCAAAGAGUGGUAGUAGAGAAUUGCUUCCCCGAGUGGAGGCCUGUGACUAGUGGUGUGCCAUAGGGAUC